UUAGCAAGCUUGUUAGUAAUCAUGCCAUGCACUUUCUUCUGACCUUAGCAGAGAAUUUCCCUCCGGGAAAGUUUCUUCUCUUUAGCAAUUCCAACCCUCUUCCUACAUGGGUCUUGUGUUUUACUAGGGGGCUUAAUGCUAUCGCUGGAAUCAAAACAAGAUGUUUUGCCGAAUCCACGAAUGCAUAGAAAGGGACAUUACCGUCGUCAUAGCUUGCAUUCUUUACAAUCCCUGAAUACCAACGAGGAACCCAUUUUAAAACAACACCAAACGGUAACGAACAUCAACCGUACCCAUAGAAGACACGAGCGUGUCAGUAGUCUUGACGGCGUUGGGAUUUCCACCGAUCGAUUGGGGACCGCAUCUCGUGCAUCCGAAAAAAUUAUUCCAUCUUCGAUUCCGUUUGCAUCUAGUAAGUAUUUGUUUCCUAUCGGUCGAGACUCUCCACCGAAUGAUGGCUAUUUCUCUGCAACUACAGAGGAAAAACUAGAAGAUGCCUAUGCUGAUUUUUGGAAGCCGACAGUUUCGCUUUCGUUGUCGUCAAAAUCGAUGCACGAUAAAACCGUGUCUACGCAAGUAGCCUCCAAGUUGAAAGAACAAUUUCCAUUGUCUAUGGCUUCGGUGUACGUGACGAUCGAUGAUAAUAUGUUGGAUCGUAAUACUCUGAUUCAGCAAUUAACCGAACUUGGAGCCUCCAUCCACCAAAGGCCUCAAUUUAAUAAAGACGAUUUAACGACUCACAUGGUUCUUCCUAAGAAUAGCUGUUUCAAUUCAGUACUGGAUACCAUAUCCUCCGAAAGCACCAUAAAAUUCGUCUCGCCGGAAUGGAUUGCGGCUUGCUAUUCGACAAAAAAAUGGGUGAAUGAGUCUGCCUUCCGUAUUAAUUUUAAAAGUUUGGAACCUAAAAAUAGAAUGACCGCUGCAAACUUGAAUUCCAGAGGAUCUCAAGUGUUCCGUAUGAAAACCGAAUCACAUCCUUUUGUAUUAGAUGUUGACAUACCUUCUCAUAAUAUGUCAAAAGCAAACUCGAAAGGAAUCGAAUAUAAUUUCAAUCCAUCAUUUGCUGAAAACACUCGUUUGCUCAAGGAAAAGUCAAAAUUAAACGGAAACACGACCUCUCUUAGCAUACCUCCUGCAGAAAAACGACCUAAUGUGAGAGAAGGCGUUCUUCGCGUUCAAGAAACUAGUACUUGGAAUGUUGAUUCUCCCUUUAGUGCAACAAAAUUAUCCAAUCUAUCGCCCCAACAGAGAAAAGAAUUGGAAUCUGCCAAAAAGAAAUAUUUGGCUUAUGAACCCAUUGUUGGAUCACCGUUAAAACAGAGAAUUCCCUUUUUCGAUCUUUGACACAGUUUGUUUUUAGUCUACAGUGUUAUUUGGCACUCUGCAGUAGUUUGGUUAAACUUUCGUUUUUUAUUCUUCUAUUUAUCUUCUAUUUAAAUCUUUUCUUUCGUUUUUUUUCUCGUUCCUUUCCUUUUUUAUUCGUUUGUUACUGGCACAUUCUUUUCUUUCACGCUCUUUACUUUUGUCUCUCUCCUUUUCGGACCGUUAGUUAUCCAUCUUUUUGUUCAAAAGAUAAGCCUUGUACAUAUAUCGCUCUGGUAGAUGUUCUUCGUAUCCUUCACUUUGAUUGAAUGUUAGUUAAUCUUUCCAAACUUUUUCCCUCUAAACAAAGCUCUUUUUUUAUUUAAAAUAGACUUUUCUAAUUUUCCUUUGGAAGGCCUUUUUUCAUGACUAUAUGUUAAACUCGUAGUCUUUAAGACAUCGUCGUAGUAAGGCUUCAUUGCUUUUUUAUAUUUUUACAAAAUGAGAAGACGGAUUACAAAACUUGAUUUAUGCACCUAGCCAUCAUCUCUUCAAUAAAAGGUUUUGAAACAAAG